CACACGAACUAGUAAGACGGUUAUGCGCUCUCUCUCUCUCUCUCCCCUUUCCGCCUAUAUUUCACCAGCUUAUUAACGGUCACAUUUCCGGCGAUUUUCUCUCUCUAAAACAAACUUCCAUAAUAGAAACCGUCUCUUUCUCUCUCUCUCUCGCUCUCUAUAAUCUCUCACUUCAGUUCCACACAAUCAUUCUCACUCUAAGGCCUCAGCAACGCCUCUUUCUCUCUCUCUCUCUCUUGAAAAUAGGUUCAGUAAUGAAGAGAGGUUUGGGCAGAAAUUAGGGUUUGAGAGUGAUGAGAGUCAUGAGUAGCGAGUACUGAGCUAUAAUGGUGGCUGCUGUGUCCGCUAUGCCGAUCUACAAGGUGUCAUCACAAGGUGGGGCUCUCCAGAGCCCGAAAAGGACUCCGUUGUUACCUUCAGAAUCUGAUAAUGGCGUGGUUGGCACUCGGAGACCGAAAUCGAGAGAAGUUAUUUCUCGAUACUUUUCUUCUACGUCUUCGACUUCCACGACGACGACUUCGAAUUCGACUUCGUCGUCCUCGAAUUCGUGUUCCUCGAGGCGGUCUCCGUCUCCGCUUGUUUCAAGAACGGUGCCGAUGACGCCGAUGCCGGCAUCGUCGGCGGCGAUUAAGCGGUCGCAAUCGGUGGAGCGGAGGCGGCCGGCGACUCCGCGGCCGAAUACGCCGGGAAAUGCCGGUGAGAUGUCGGCUGCUGCGAAGCUAUUGGUCAAUUCGUCCAGAAGUCUGUCGGUUUCGUUUCAAGGACAGUCAUUUUCACUUCCGAUUAGCAAGACGAAGCCGGCGCCGGCGACAAGUAGUUCCAGGAAAGCGACGCCGGAGAGGAGGAAAGCGACGCCGGUGAGGAAUCAGACGGAGAAUUCGAAGCCUAAUGAUCAGCAUCGGUGGCCUGGGAGAUCACGGGAAGUGAGUUUUCUAACAAGAAGUUUGGAUUGUGCUGUUGAGAAGAAAAAAUUGGGUGGAUCUGGGAGUGUAGUUAGGGCAUUGCAACAAUCCAUGAUUAUUGAGAGCACCAAAACUUCAUUUAAUGGUAGAUUGAAAGUUCAGCCCACUAAUACGGAGCUUGAUAAAUCUCCUGAAGCCUCUGAUCUGGUUGCUUUGGAUACCGAAAGUGUUUCUUCUGGAAGCACUGGAGGUGUACAAGAAUGUGGGAAUGUUUCUCAGGUGCGUGAAGGGACUCGUGGAAUCAUAGUGCCUGCGAGGUUUUGGCAAGAGACUACCAACAGGUUGCGGCGAUUGCCAGAGCCAGGGUCCCCAGUGUCAAAGAAUAAUGGGUUGAAGACAAUUGCUCAAUCAAAACUCAGUGCAAUGAAGAAAUCGUUUAUUGACAGUCCAAUUUCAUCACCUCUUCGCGGGGCUGUUCGGCCAGCAUCCCCAAGCAAGGUUGUGACAUCUUCGGCCUCUUCUCCAUCCAGGGGGAUGCAGAGCCCGUCUCGAGUGAGGAAUGGUGUAGGAAGCAUGUUGAAUAAUAAUAAUUUGAGUAACACUCCGUCGAUUCUCAGCUUUGCUGCUGAUGUAAGGAGAGGGAAGGUUGGGGAGAACCGGAUUCUUGACGCACAUCUGUUGAGGCUGCUAUAUAAUCGGCACUUGCAAUGGCGAUUUAUGAAUGCUAGAGCAGAUGCUGCAAUGUUGGUCCAGAAAGUAACUGCAGAGAAAAGCCUAUACAAUGCUUGGGUGACUACCUCGAAAUUGCGGCAUUCGGUCAAAUCCAAAAGAGUAGAGUUACAAGUGUUGCGGAAAAAUUUGAAACUAUACUCCAUUCUCAAGGGACAAAUGCUACAUUUGGAUGAUUGGGAUCUUAUUGACAGGGAUCACUCCAUUUCUUUGUCAGGAGCUAUUGAAGCUUUGGAGUCCAGCACUCUCCGGCUUCCAGUUGUUGGUGGUGCAAGGGCAGAUAUUCAAAGUGUGAAAGAUGCUAUUAGUUCAGCAGUUGAUGUGAUGCAAGUGAUGGCAUCCUCGAUAUGCGCUUUGUUGACAAAGGUAGAUCAAGUGAACUCUCUGGCAUCUCAACUUGCAAACAUAACCGCUAAGGAACGUGGUUUGCUUGAUCAGUGCAAAGAUCUCUUGUCCACACUAACGGCCUUGCAGGCGAAGGAUUGUAGCCUGAGGACACAUAUAUUACAACAGAGGCACACGCCCAUGAGUCUGACAACAGAAAGUAUAAAAAGCUGAUAUCAUUUUACUGAUUACCUUAUAACCUAACAUAAUGUCGAAUCCCAUUAUUGCCGGGUACUAUGGAACCCCAUGAUCGGAAAGUGUGAGUGGUUUUGUCUGCAGCUUGCAAAAGGUGAGUGCUCGUUUUUUUACCUUCUUGGUAUGCACAGAUGGUAGGAGAUUGGUACAAAGGUUUUUUCAGUAGGGCAAAGGAAAAAAAAUGUGUAAAUAUGUAUAAAUGAUGUUUUCAGUUCCCAAAGAUCAAUGGCUCUUUUUCGCUUUUCA